AUGAUCCAAGACCCCACUAUCAACCAUCAGGGCGAUAUCCCAAAGGACCUUAGAACUCCUCUCGACCCCAACCUCUACAACCCCACUCCCGAAGCUCUCGCCUUCCUCAAGCAGGUCAUCUCGCUCGACGAGAACGAGGUUCGUUCCCGCGUCGAGGCUGUCCAGGAAGAAGCGUACGACAUAUACCCGUACCCCUGCAUCCGUGGCUUCCGUUAUGUCGCGCACUUCAUGAGCGCGAACGCUGCGUACUCUCGCGCCAUCGAGCUCGGCAAGGCGGACCCGUCUGCGAUACUUCUGGACAUCGGUUGCUGCAUGGGCACCGACGUGCGUAAGGCCGCGUACGACGGCUUCCCGGCGUCGCAGAUAGUCGGUUGCGAGCUGCAGUCGGAGUUCAUUAGGCUCGGGAAGAAGCUCUAUGGUGAUGCAGAGAAUACGCCCAUCCGUUUCAUUCAAGGCGACGCUCUCGCACUCAAGCUCCCCACGUCCGCCCAGUCCAUCACGCCCUCGACUACGCCUGUACGUGAGGUGGCUGCGCUGGACGACCUGCUCGGGCGCGUCGCUGUGGUGUACGCCGGGGCGCUGUUCCAUCUUUUCGAUGAGAGCACUCAGCAUGCGCUGGCGCUACGUCUCGCGCUCUUGGCCAGGCAAGACAAACCCGCCCUCAUCUUUGGACGCCACCAGGGUCAAACCCAGGCUGGACCAAUCAAGGACAACUUCGCGCAGACUCUCGAUCGCUACGCGCAUUCCCCCGAGACUUGGGUCGCGCUCUGGAAGCAGGUGUUCACUACCGUGCGCGGUGAAGAGUUUGCGCGCGACAACGUCGCAAUCAAGUUCAAGUACGACGACGCGGGCUUCUCGAGCGACAGCAACAUCGCAGGGCGUACUGAGUUUGGCGUGCUGUACUGGAGCGUGGAGAUCACUCCUUGA